UCUUGGAUGUGUGCUGAGCCCUAGCGGCGCUUUGCGGGAAAAUAGAGAGAGAAGGGGCCUCGUCGAGGAAUCGGAGCUCGAUCGAUCGAGAGACGCUCUGCGUGGGCGGUGCGUGUGGCGUUUCUCGGCCUCUGUACGCCUCGUUCUGGCCUUCUCAACGGGGAAUUGGAGUUGCUGCUCUGCUUUUCGGUGGGAUAGUGGUUUUCGCCACUCCGUUUUUUCUUUUUCACAUUUCAUGUCUCAUCGUGUAAAGCGGGCUCUUCUCGUGUGUGUCUCUUGUGGCGAUUCCUUUUAUAUUUGAGGAGAGCGCAUGAGAAUUCCUUUGUGUGCAUUGUCGACGUGGGUUUUGCGUGGUUGCUGGCUGUUUGGUGUUCGAUCAGGGUUUAAGCUGAAAUGGAGGGGUUCUAGGGUUUAGGGUAUAAGGAGUGGCCAUAGUGGGUUCAGUUUGGGGGAAGAAGAAGAGAGGGAAGGGUAUUGAUGAGAGAGUAGACUAAUUUUCUUAGGGUUGAAGGGUUUUGUAAUCAUUUGCUUGCAUAUGUGAUAUUUGAGAACGAGCCUUGCGCAAGUGCAAAGUAUUUAAGUGCAAUGAGUCGGUUGUGGUCUAACUCGAAUGCGUCCUCUUUAGUUCGAUGCUUUCGGAAUGUUGUGUCUCGCCCUUCUUCUGUAGGUCCCCACUAUGAAUCAUCAAGGUCAAUCCAGCCGGCGUCAAGGUUUUUCGCCAGCGCCGCAGCUGAACCCGAUUACGAUCCUACUGAAGCUAGAACAGCUCCCUCGGAGAAGAUCCAACGGAUUGCGGACGAAAUCUCGACGCUCUCGCUCCUUGAAGUCGUGGAUUUAUCCACUUUGUUGAAGAAGAAAUUAGGGUUGCCAGCAGGCAUGGGAAUGAUGCCUAUGGGUAUGAUGCCACCAGGAAUGGGAAUGCCCGCUGGUGGUGGUGGUGCCCCUGCUGCAGAGGAGAAGAAGCCCGAGAAAACUUCCUUCGAUGUGAAGUUAGACAAAUUUGAUGCAGCUUCUAAAAUCAAAAUUAUCAAGGAAGUGCGCACGUUCACUGCAUUGGGACUGAAAGAGGCCAAGGAACUGGUUGAAAAGGCACCUAUUGUAUUGAAGUCUGGAGUUAGCAAAGAAGAAGCGGAGCAAAUUAUUGAGAAAUUGAAGACCGUAGGAGCUACAGUUACGAUGGAAUAAUACUUUGAUAGGUGCUGUGGCACAUCGCUUGUAAGUUUUUGCAACUUAUAUGAAUUCUGCCUGUGUUUCGGUAUUUCAAUCGCAAGCUAUCUUGCUCACAAGAGGAUUUGCAACGAAGUACUGGGGUUCAGAGUAAUUAUUGAGUUUA